GGGUUAGUAUAUAUAAUGCGCCAUAGUUCGCCAUUGGCCUCAUCUUCAAAGCUCAGACAGUACCACCAGCUAAAAUACAUAACGGCAAUUUCACCGAACCGCGUGGACAUGGUUACUAUCAGAGAAUGAAGAAGCAUUUGCUGGUUAGGGCACUCUCCAAAACCCUAACCCCAACCCUUUCGUCCCGUACCUUGACUCGCUCACUCGCUUCUUCUUCUUCAACAACAACAUCGUCCUUCGCCUUGAAGAAUGUCACGAAAUCCAACUUCGAAUCAGCUCUCAACGACCUUAAAGGCCUUGUCCGAGAUGCCGACUUCGUUUCGAUCGACCUGGAGAUGACCGGGGUCACCAGCGCUCCGUGGAGGGAGUCGUUCGAGUUCGACCGGUUCGAUAUUCGGUAUCUCAAAGUCAAAGACUCCGCCGAGAAGUUCGCUGUCGUUCAGUUCGGCGUCUGUCCCUUCCGCUGGGACCAUUCCAAGCAGUCUUUCAUUGCUCACCCGCACAAUUUUUAUAUAUUUCCACGACAAGAAAUUCCGGUUGGUGGCCCACCUUACGAGUUUCUGUGCCAGACCACGUCAAUCGAUUUCUUGGCAAGAUACCAGUUUGAUUUCAAUGCAUGUAUACAAGAAGGAGUAUCUUAUUUAUCCAGAGGGCAAGAAGAUGAAGCACUGAAAUGCUUAAAAUCGGCAUAUGAGAAUGAGUUGUCAGAGUCAUUCUGCACUUCAAGAGAAGUUAGAGAGACACCGUUUGUUAGAAUGGCAGAUGUCCUAUUCACUGAGAGAAUGAAGAACAAAAUCAGUAACUGGCGUGAUGGCUUAUUAAGGGGUAAACUUGGAGGUUCUGAUUUCCAAAAGACCUCAAAUGGCUUAAAUCAGCAAUUUCAAACCAUUUUCUUCAAGAUGCAUCCAGCUCUUACUCUGAAUGGGUUUACUUGUCACCAGCUAAGGUUAAUUCAGUUGGUCACCAAAAAGCAUUUCAAAGAUCUUGCUUAUGUCCGUUUGAAUGGUGAAGAUUCCUGUUUACAGCCAUUGAUUGUCUACACAGACUCCAAAAAUGACAAGGACUUGCUCAUGACAGAGGUGAAGGAUAGCCUUCGCAUAGAAGCAGAGAUGAAGAUCAAAGCUGCAGUUGGAUUUCGGCAUGUUAUUGACCUUCUUUCCUCAGAACAGAAGUUGAUUGUUGGUCACAAUUGCUUUCUUGAUAUUGCACACGUAUACAGUAAAUUCUUAGGUCCUCUUCCAUUGACGGCUGAAGAAUAUGUCUCCUCUGUUCAUGCAUAUUUCCCAUUCUUAGUUGACACAAAAAUACUUUUGAAUGCAAACAUUAUAUUUCAACAAAUGAUGAGGAAGAGUGGCACCUCGUUAUCCAAAGCAUUUACCUUAUUGUGUCCACAAAUUGCUUCUGGUUUGUCUCAUAAGCCAUGUAUUAAGGUGGAGGUUCAAGUGGACAAUAUGAGGUCCUCAAACUGGAAUUCUGGAGCAAAACAUGAGGCUGGUUAUGAUGCUUUUAUGACAGGGUGUGUUUUUGCCCAGGCAUGCACUCAUCUUGGUGUUGAUUUCAAUCUAAACUCACCAUCAACAAAUUUGGCCGACCAUGAGAAGCUUCAGAAGCACAUUAAUCUUCUCUAUCUCAGCUGGACUAACGGAGACAUUGUCAAUUUAAGGACCGGUAGACGGACAGCGGAUUCUUCAAGUUCUAACUAUCUCAAAUACCGGUCUCCAAAUAUUUUAUUCUCUAACAUUGCUCUAGUUUGGGGAUUCCCAUCCAAGCUCAAGGCAAGGGAGAUAAGAGAAUGCAUGACUAAAGCUUUUGGCCCAACCUCUGUUACUUCUGUCUACCACUUGGACGACACUGCAGUGUUUGUUCAGUUUAACAAGGCGGAACUGGUCUCUGAUUUUCUGGAAUUGAAGGAAACCUUAGAAAGAACCAACGAUCCAAUCUCGGUUUUGCAUCCCCUCUCAAAACUUUUGGAAGGCGGAGGUACUCGUGCUUCCAGUUACGAGAUUUAUAAAGAGAUUUGCAGUUCACCCAUAUCAGAAGUGUUGUUUGCGAAUCAGGCUGAGGCAAUUGGUAUUAAAUGGAAAACCAAAUUGUUAGAAUCUAAGGUAGAAUUGGAAGCUCAAGAAGAUGGAAAUUGUAGCAAUGGCAUAGAUACUGUUCUUGAUUUACCUGACAGAACCGAGGCACAGCAGACAAACAAUGUGAUGGAUGCUCCAUCAUGUGCCCGUUUCCCCGGUGAUGAACUCAUAGAUUCUUUGUAUCCUGCUGAAGCUCAGCUUGGCAAAUAGAUUAAAUGUUCGAAUUUUUGAUUCUCCAGGCCUAGGCUGUAGAUCUUGAUUAUAUACAGAUAUAUCAUUAUGUCAUUUGCUUUUUUUUGUCAACAAUAACAUCCAUUGAAGAAUGUUCUGUACAAGUAAAAUCUCUAAUGUAUUAAUGCAAGGAUCGUAACAAAAGGUACCUCCAAACAUGCACAACAAUACAGGUGUCAUUCUUAGAAGCAAUGUUUGAAUCUUUAGCCCAAAGCAUUUCUGAUUUUGGUUCAUUGGGGUCACCUGGUUCUUGUUGCCUCCUUUUGCUAUGGGGUUUGCUCAAAUAUGGAGGCAGAAUUGAGGGCCUUGAGGGAUGGUUUGGUGUUAAUUGAUAGGUAUGGUCUUUCAGGUUAUCAGUUCCAGAUUGAAUCGGAUUCUGAGGUGUUGAUUCAUAUGGUUUUAAAAGGGCAUCAUAGGGCUUGGACGUUUUGGGGUUUAUUGGGACAAAUUUUGGGCCAUUGGGAGAAGAUGGAUUUCAGUUUGCUGCAUGUAUACAGGGAAUCUAAUUGUCUGGCAGAUUUUUUCGCUAAUCUGGCUGUGAUGAAUGGCUUCUCCUCUGAUUUUUUACAGGAUCUUCAUGUUCCUAUGCAAGCAAAGCUACUGAUGUUGCGUGACCAGCAAAGUCUGAAGGUGCUGAGGAAAAAAAGGAAAUUUCUUUGAUUUUCUUUUCUAUGUUUUCCUGUAUAGUUGUUGAUUUUGGGAGGCUAUUGGUGUUAUGCUAUUGGUAAUUUGGCAUUUUGAAGGAUUAAAGCCAGUAGGGUUUGAU